AUGUUUUCAGAAGCUUGCCUUCCAUCGGACGCCGUCAUCAUCGAGUUGGUGGAGAUUUUCUUCAAUCAAAUUUACUUUGUUCUGCCAUGUUUCCACAAAGACACAUUAAUGGACGAGAUUCAGAGUGGGCAUAUACAGGCACACUCACCUCUUCUACUUUACUCCAUGCUUUCCGUGGCCGCGAGCCAUCACAGCGACCCCUCCAUCAAAGCCCGCCGCACCGAAUGGUACGACCAAGCCAAAUUUCUAUACGACAUCACCGGACGAGACCCGUACCCUGCGCUACGCACGCUACAAGCCGUAGUCUUUCUGGUGUAUCACGCAUACAGUUGUGGCGACUUCUCUGCUUGUUGGCUUGACAUUGGGAAAGCGUGGAGGCAGGCUGCAGCGCUUGGCAUGAAUCGUAUGGACUCUGAGCAUGCUGUAGUAAUGCCUGUAGGGUUGAAAGAUGGCAUAGAAAGUGAGCGUCGUGGUUUCUACAAUCGAGUGGAAUGGGAAGGUAGAACAGCAAUCGAGGAAGAAGAAUGUCGACGAGUCCUUUGGAUACUUUUCUUCAUGGACAAAAACCAGUCGUGGCCUACAGGCUGGCCGGGCGCAAUUGAUGAGAGGCAGUUCAAGGUUGACAUUCCCGUUGCUGACUCUGUGUUCCAGGCCAUGAGCCUCGAAACGAACCUGGAUAGUGUUGUCAAUGUUCCGUUCACUAGAAGUGUGAACAGCUUGUUGACCACUGCAUCGCAAGCCAGAACUCCACUCAACAUGUUUCACUACCUCAUCAUCGCGUACGUCUUGCUCGGUCGUACUGCAGAUCUCGUACAUUCCAUUCACGACAACCCUAGUAGCCCAGAAUACGCGGAACAAUGCGAGGAGUUAGACACCCAUGUUCUGAAGUUGCGACUCAGUAUGCCUCGUGCCGCCUCUUCUGUCUUAGAGGCAGCACCGGAAGACCGAGGUCAGGUGGUCUGGCUUGAUGCUACUUUAAACACUAUCUUGCUGCUAUUGCAUUAUCGAGCUGUCCCAUCCUCGAAUUCCCAAGGUAUCAAGGAGCUCUUCAGCAAGACCGUAAUGGCUGCUAAAACGACUUCUCAAACAAUUAAAAAUGCCUCUCGAACAUCCAUCGAUUUGCUACUCAAUGUACAUAUUGCGUCAUCGCUCUACAUGGCAUGCUGCGUUCUGAUCAUCCAUCACCGAUUAGAAGACGAUGACAGCUUGAAGAACGAUAUCGACUUCCUCGAGCUGGUCUUUGAGAGAAUGAAUGACGUUUUCAGUGUGAUAGGACUGAAAUUUUCCAUAGCCUUGAAACGCGACAGAGAAAGGAGCCAGGAAGAGCUCCUCAGUCUGAGAGAAAGAGGAUAUAGGGGAUUGCUUGCCGACUGCUCCAAGUGGGGAUUCGUAAAGGACGAAGUCGCGAAGCUGGGCAUGACAAUGUCGUGA